CUGGCCAUGGCUGGAUGUUGCCUUGUAUGGCCUCUCAGCAUGGGGCCUCUGGGCUGUAUGACAGUGUCCUUGUAAGUCUCUCCUUGCUUGAUGGGAUAAACUAAGUCUUCUCUGGUUUUAAAGGCUGAAACCAGUCACCUGAUUGGAUGGCUGCCUUGGGAGGCAUGAGAUUCCUGGGCCUGCUUUCAUCUUUGGCCUAUCCACUCAGAGACCAAGUUCUGGAGAUUAUCCCACGCAAUGAAGAACAAAUUAAAAAUCUGGUGCAACUGGAGGCUGAAGAACAUCUCCAGCUUGAUUUUUGGAAAUCACCCACCACCCCAGGAGAGACAGCUCAUGUUCGGGUUCCCUUUGUCAGUGUACCUGCAGUCAAAGUUUUCUUGGAAUCCCAGGGAAUUACUUAUUCCAUCAUGAUCGAAGAUGUUCAGGUUCUGUUGGACCAAGAGAAUGAAGAAAUGCUGCUUAAUCGGAGAAGAGAACGAAAUGGUAACUUCAACUUUGGGGCCUACCACACCUUGGAAGAGAUAUCCCAAGAAAUGGAUAACCUCGUGGCUGAGCACCCUGGUCUAGUGAGCAAAGUGAAUAUUGGCUCUUCUUUUGAAAACCGGCCCAUGAACGUGCUCAAGUUCAGCACCGGAGGAGACAAGCCAGCCAUCUGGCUAGACGCUGGGAUCCAUGCUCGAGAGUGGGUUACACAAGCUACUGCACUGUGGAUAGCAAAUAAGAUUGCCUCUGAUUAUGGAAAUGAUCCAUCCAUCACCUCCAUUUUGGACACCAUGGACAUCUUCCUGCUGCCAGUCACAAACCCCGAUGGAUAUGUGUUCUCUCAAACCCAAAAUCGGAUGUGGCGAAAGACCCGGUCCAAGGUCUCUGGAAGCCUGUGUGUCGGUGUAGACCCUAACCGAAACUGGGAUGCAGGUUUUGGAGGACCUGGAGCCAGUAGCAGUCCUUGCUCCGAUUCAUACCGUGGACCCAGGGCCAACUCUGAAGUUGAAGUGAAAUCCAUAGUGGACUUCAUCAAGAGUCAUGGGGAAUUCAAAGCCUUCAUUACCCUCCAUAGCUAUUCGCAGCUGCUCAUGUACCCUUAUGGGUACAAAUGUACCAAGUCAGAUAACUUUGAUGAACUGGAUGAACUGGCCCAAAAGGCUGCCCAGUCUGUGACAAGCCUGCAUGGCACCAAGUAUAAAGUGGGACCAAUUUGCUCAGUCAUCUACCAAGCCAGUGGUGGAAGCAUUGACUGGUCCUAUGACUCUGGCAUCAAAUACUCAUUUGCCUUUGAACUGAGAGACACAGGCCGCUAUGGUUUCCUCCUGCCGGCCAAGCAGAUCUUGCCCACAGCUGAAGAGACCUGGCUUGGCUUGAAGACAAUCAUGGAGCACGUGCGAGACCACCCAUAUUAGGGAAUUGUGGAAUAGACAAACACCAUUAAAAUCUCUUUGGUUUAAAGCAAAA